AUGUCCGAACAACAUACACCCUCUGGAAGCGACCAUUCGGAGCCCAGGCAAUGGACCGAAAAACUCGACCGCACCUCGUCCAUCGACUCGGCUGACGACGACGUCGUGGAGCAGCAGAACCUGGAGCCUCCUUCACAUCAUCAUGGCAUCGACGACAAGAUCCUGACACCGCAGGUCUCUCGCAAGUCACAGGCGCAGUCGCAGCCGUCCCUCGCGCGCAGGACGACGUCGGUUGGCACCACCGAUCCCAACUUCGAGGUCGACUGGGAGGAUGAGAAGGAUCCGGCGAACCCCCGGAAUUGGUCGCUAGCCUACCGGUGCAUGUGUCUCGUCUUUCUGUCCUGGAAUACCCUGGUGAUUGUGCUCUACUCCACGUCGUAUACCUCGGGGAUUUCAGAGAUGGCAAUGGAGUUCGGAACGACGGAGACGGUUGUCACGCUGGGCUUGACUUUCUACCUGCUUGGACUCGCGGCGGGCUCCCUGGUCGUGGCGCCCCUGAGUGAGACGUACGGUCGAAAGCCGAUUUCGGUGGUCAGCCUGUUCAUCUUCGUCGUCAUGAUCAUCCCCUGCGCGCUCGCCACCUCUGUCGCUGAGCUGAUCAUCGUCCGCUUCAUCGCUGCGCUGGCGGGGAGUGUGAUGAUCAGCAGUGCGCCCGGCAUGGUUGGCGAUCUUGUCGAUGACGACCAUCGUAGCUUGGCUUUGUCGAUCUGGAGUCUUGGUCCUAUCAACGGUCCAGUCUUCGGUCCCAUCAUCGGUGGUUUCGUGACCCAGUACCUGGGCUGGCGGUGGACGGCCUGGAUCAGUCUGAUCCUGUCCGGCAUCGCGUUGGUAUUUUCCUGCAUCAUGAAGGAGACGUACGCGCCGGUCCUGCUGCGGAGAAAGGCCGCUCGGCUGCGCAAGGAAACAAGCGAUCCCCGGUGGUGGUGUCGCUACGACCACAAAGCAGCCUUUGGCGAGGUGCUCAAGACGAAUCUCAGCAGGCCGUUUGUCAUGAUGGUGCUGGAGCCGAUUUGCAUCUUCUGGAACCUCUACAUCGGCGUCAUCUACGGCAUUCUCUACCUCAGCUUCACUGCGUACCCGAUCGUCUUCCGCCAAAUUCGGGGCUGGUCCAUCGGUCUGUCGGGGCUUGCCUUUGUCGGGAUCGGUAUUGGGACCGUCUUGACCAUCGUCGCCGAGCCACUGAUCCGUCGCAUGAUCAACAGCCACAAAAUCGACCCGGAGACGGGGAAGGUCCCGCCAGAAGCGAUGGUGUCGGUCGUGUGCAUCUCGGCCCUGAUCAUCCCGGCCGGCGAGCUGAUGUUCGCGUGGACCUGCUCCCCGGCGUCGAUCCCCUGGAUCCUGCCCCUUGUGGCCGGCGUGCCCUACGGCGCAGGCAACACGGCGGUAUUCAUCUACGCGACGAACUACCUAUCGCACAGCUACGGCAUCUACGCCGCGUCGUCGCUGGCCAGCAACUCGAUGAUCCGCAGCGUCAUGGGUGGCAUCAUGCCCCUGGUCGGCACCUACAUGUACAACCGGCUCGGCGCCAACUGGUCCGGCACGCUGCUGGGUCUGCUGGAGGUGGCGCUGAUUCCGAUCCCGUUCGUCUUCUGGAAAUACGGGUACAAGAUCCGUCGGCGGAGCGACUUUAUCCGCGCGAUGCAGGAGGACAAGAAGAAGCAGGAGCGCCGACGCAGUCGCCGAGUCGAGCAGCAGCAGCAGCAGCAGCAGCAGCAGCAGGAAGAAGAAGAUCCCGCGCUGACGAGAGACGAUCCCGAAAAGCAAGUCUAG